GGGUAUGUGGGCUAGAUCAUCUCUAAAGUGGCUCACUAUGUACCCCUGGUGAGAGCAGGCUCGCCAUGCCCAUCUAAGUCUGUGCAUGGUGGUUGUUGCAAACUGCUGGAUUUCUGCACCCUCCCGGGGAAGCCCCUCUCCUGUACCUCUGGAUCUGAGUCAGUUGAGGAGAAGACCACUUCUGAACUUUGUGUUUAAGGUAUGACGGGGUCACCUCAAGGACAAAUAUAUCAACAAACAGCGCCUCGGAGGAAAAGGACUUACUGCCUGACAAUUCCAGGUUCCAGUCCAUCACAGCAGCGAAGUCCAGGCAGCCAGAACUGAAGGCUACUGGUCACAUCACCUCCAGUGUCAGAAGCCGGGAACAGUGCAAGCACAGUUGAGCUCUGAGCUGUGUCUGAUCUCCAGGACAUGGCAGGCCCCACCACCAUCAUUGCCAGCCUUCUCCUGGUAGCCUGCACGUGCUGUGUCUUCCUCACAGACUCUGUGACCAUUCCCUCUUCUUGCUGCAUCUCCUUUAUUUCCAAGAAAAUUCCAGAAAACCGAGUGGUUAGCUACCAGUUGGCCAAUGGCAGUGUCUGUCCCAAGGCAGGAGUGAUCUUCAUCACCAAGAAAGGCCAUAAGAUCUGUAGUGACCCCAAGUUGCUGUGGGUUCAGAGGCACAUCCGAAACCUGGAUGCCAAGAGAAACCGGACUUCUGCAGGUGCCAAGGCAGUGGGCACCAGGUUUUCCAUCCAGAGACACCACCGCAAUAACACAGAGGGUUAGUCACCUCUCCUCUGUCCCCGAAACUGAACAUAGGCAUUGACGUCUUGCCAAGCAGCUUUGAGCCUCGCACAGCAGCUGGGAUGAGGCCUGAGUUCAUUUUCCACUGUCAGCAUUUCUUUUAGGGUUCUGUGAGAACCCAAGGGAGCUCCAAGCAUGCUAGCGACCUGGUGUUUCCUGUGCUGAGUGAGAAGGUUCCAUAUCCUGUGUUUUCCUCUUGUGUGGCUUGAAGGCGUCACCCAAGCCCAGGUGCAUAAGACCCAAACACCUGCAGGUGCACCUUGCUUUCGGGUGCACCUGCUUCCGGGUGCACCUUGCAUGCAGUUGGCUUUGAUGGGGUCCUUGGGGUUGGGCCUGAGGGUUUCUGUCUGUCCACUUGUGGGUGAAGAUCUAUCAAUAAUAGUAACUUCCAAGCAUGUUCCCACCUCCAGAACUCUGAACAAAUAAAAACUCAGCUGAAA